AUGGCGCAGAAAGAAGUUGAUCUGAAUCAAGAGAGCUUCUGCUGUUCCAUCUGUCUGGAUCUGCUGAAGGAUCCGGUGACUAUUCCCUGUGGACACAGCUACUGCAUGAAAUGUAUUGAAGGAUUCUGGGAUGGAGAGGAGAAAAUCCCCAGCUGUCCUCAGUGUAGGAAGACCUUCACACCGAGGCCUGUUCUGGUGAAAAAUGUCAUGUUUGCUGCUGUAAUGGAUCAGCUGAAGAAGACUGGACUCCAAGCUGCUCCUGCUGAUCACUGCUAUGCUGGACCUGAAGAUGUGUCCUGUGACGUCUGCUCUGGAAGAAAACUGAAAGCUAUUAAGUCCUGUUUGAUUUGUCUGGCCUCUUACUGUGAGAAACACCUUCAGCCUCAUUUGGAUGCAGCUGCAUUCAAGAAACACAAGCUGGUGGAACCCUCCGGGAACCUGCAGGAGAACAUCUGCUCCAUUCAUGAUGAGGUGAUGAAGAUGUUCUGUCGCACUGAUCAGAAGUGUAUCUGUUGUAUCUGCCCUGUGGAAGAACACAAGGGACAUAAAAUAGUGUCAGCUGCAGCAGAAAGGAUGGAGAGGCAGAGAGAGCUGGAGGAGAGUCAACAACAAAUCCAGCAGAGAAUCCAGGACAGAGAGAAGGAGAUAAAGCUGCUUCAACAGGAGGCGGAGGCCAUCAAUCACUCUGCUGAUCAAACAGUGAAAGACAGUGAGAAGAUCUUCACUCAGAUGAUCCGUCUCAUCCAGAAAAGAAGCUGUGAUGUAAAGCAGCAGAUCAGAUCCCAGCAGCAAACUGAAGUGAGUCGAGUCAAAGAUCUUCAGGAGGAGCUGCAGCAGGAGAUCACUGACUCUUCUGUCAUUUUGUUGGUAAGAGAAGAACGAAGCUGA